AUGCUCAGUGGCAAGCCCCUGUUCCCUGGCAAGGACUACCACCACCAGUUGACACUCAUUCUGGACGUGCUGGGCACGCCCACUAUGGAAGACUACUACGGAAUCAAGUCGCGCCGCGCUCGAGAAUACAUUCGAUCACUCCCCUUCAAGAAGAAGGUUCCCUUCCGAACUCUGUUCCCCAAGACCUCGGAUCUGGCCCUCGACCUGCUCGAGAGUCCUCGCAUUCAACCCUGUUAA